CUGUUUCGAGAUAGCCUCCCUUUGCGUAGCUCUUCGCGCGCGGAGGUAAAUUUUGUCUCGGAGUAAACCGGAAGGUGGGACAGAUUUGUUUAUAUUGACAACUAUGCCGGUCUAUCAUUGCUGCGUGCCAGAAUGCACAUCUUCGACAAGAAAACUACAAGAUUUGGAUAAACAUCCACACAUGAAAGAUGUAACGUUUUAUUCAUUGCCUAAAAAGUCGGACCAAAGAAGAAGAAAUCAGUGGAUAAGGCUCAUCAGACGGGAGAAGUCUUGGGUGCCGAACAAAUAUACAAGAAUUUGUUCUUGCCAUUUUGAGCACGGCUCAAAUACUCCGACAUUAUUUCCAUACAACAAUUUUAAAAAAUCGUCUUAUACUAGGAAAACAAGCAACUCUAUCCAGAUGCCAGUUGAUAUCAGUGAUGAGGAGGAAACUUCAACAGAAAGCAAUAGUGGCAUACUUCUUCAUCAUUAUGAAGAACACAACAUCCCCUACGUUGCUGAGGAAUAUGAAAUCAACACCAGUCAUGAUAGAUCUGAGGGUGUGAAGCAUGUGAAGAAAGUGGAGUGUGUUACAAAUCCUCCCUUCCUUGAUCAUGUUUAUGCUGCUGGUACAUCACCAGGUUCUACUGAUGUGAACGUCCAGGAUACAGCAGUGCAAACGGACAUGACCAUGAAUGAUAUCAACAUAAUGUCUGAUCAAAUCCACCAACUUCAAGCAAAACUUGAUGACAAGACCACUCUUUUAAGAGAUUGUUUUAUUGAGACUGUUACCAAAAAUGAUGAGAAUGUUAAAUUGUACACAGGAUUACCGUCACUUGCUAUGCUAUUGGGUAUUUUCAAUAUUUUAUCUGCCAAGUGUUCUGCAUUAAAAUACUGGUCAGGUCCACCCAGUGCCCAGGAGAAAAAUUACCAGAGGAACAGACAUGGAAAACCUGGUCCAUCAAGAAAAUUAUCUUUUUAUCAGGAAUUUAUUCUUUCACUUGUUCGCUUACGUUUAGGAUUAUUUGAGUUUUGUAUUGCUGAUCUGUUUGGUGUAUCUAAAAGUAGGGUUUCCCAGAUUUUUAUUACUUGGAUAACUUUUAUGUCAAAUGCAUUUGGAAACUUUUUGAGAUGGCCAUCUCGGAGACAAGUAAAAAAGUAUAUGCCAUUGUCCUUUAGGAAGCAGUACCCUAAUACACGUGCAAUUAUAGAUUGUACUGAAUUUUUUCUACAACGACCUAGAUCUCCAACUGCUCAAGCAGCUACAUAUAGUACAUAUAAGUCUAAAAACACAGCUAAAUGUUUGCUAGCUAUUUCACCAGCAGGGAAUUUUACUUUUGUUUCAAAACUUUAUGGUGGCAAUGUGUCUGAUAGAUUUAUUACAGAAGAUUCAGGGUUUUUAAAUUUUGUAGAAGAGGGUGAUGACAUAAUGGCUGACAGAGGUUUUACAAUAAGAGAUCUGCUCACUGAUAAGAAAGCCACCCUGAAUAUUCCUCCUUUUACCAGAAAGUGUCCAUGGGGGAAAAAGAAACGCCUUAAUGUUAAUGAAAUAAAGCAGACACGCAAGAUAGCCAAACUUAGAAUUCAUGUAGAGAGGGCUAUACAGAGACUUAAGUUAUUUAGGCUUAUAGGAAAUGUAAUUCCAUGGUCACUUAAACCAGUUAUUAAUCAAAUGAUUAAAGUUUCAGCAUUUCUUUGUAACUUAAUGCCAACUCUAGUGAGAAAGUAGAAGUCUUUAUGUUGUUGUUUUUCAAGAAUCAGUUUAUUUAGAGUUAUAUAAUGACUUGUUAAUUGGAAAAGCAUGCACCAAUAUUUGUGCACUUUGAUUUCAAUUUUUCCUGCAAUGUUUAACAUUCAUAUAUAUAUAUAUAUAUAUAUAUAUCUAUAUUUAUAUAGUCAUGCAGUAAAUAUUUUUCAAUUAGAUAAAUAAUCAUAACAUAGUAUUAGCAUUUUUAAGUACUUAAUCAAAGUACUUUAUCAAUCAUGAUACAGAUAUACCGGUAAUUGUGUUUUGCUAGUUAAUAAUUGUUCAUAAAAUAUUUGCAUUAAUCAAAAUACACAAUAAUUACUUUUUUUGUAAUUUUGGUUGUACAAAAUUCUCAAAAAAUAUCUUUGAUUUUUUUAACAAUGAAUUCCAAAGCAAUGGAUCAAAAAAUAUUCUUUCACUGUAAAUUUGAUGUUUUCCAAUUUUGACACCACCUUCCAAAUACACUACAAAAUCACACCACUGUACAUUUGCCACAGCCAUCUGUGUUUGUAUUUGUGUGUACCAAUUAGAGUUCUCUUUCAAUUUCAUACACCCAUUCUCAUCACUUUGAAUAUGAUAAUUUUCAUUGAAAAUCUGAUCUAAAGUGUAAUUUCUAAAUUUGUAUGGACAUUUUAUCUCGAGUACUCCUGUUCCACAACACUUACACUGCAAAAUUCCAUCAGGCGAAGCACCUAGGAAUGGUACAUAAGGAUUAACAAUAAGACCUGUGGUUUUUACUUUACCACUUUUGUGUUCUGAGACAUACUUUUUUUCAUAUAAAUUUCUUGCCAAAACUUCUCUUUCCUUACCAUAGAUAGUGGCAGGUGUUGAAAAUGAUGUACAGUCAUUACUUAAUAUUUGCUUUACAAUAUAGUUGUUUGGGUCAUUUCCUUUAUAGUUACAAACAUUGUGCAUGACAGAAGAUGUAAUUCUGCCACAUCUGUAUUCAUACCAAUAAACUGACUCAGAUUGUUGGUCAGUAAGCCUGUUGAUUUCAGUACAAUCUGAUUCAUCAAAGCAUGUUGAUAGGUAGUCAAAAAUUGAUAUACCGGUAUUUCCAUUUGGAUCAAAAUUUGCAAUACAUUGUGGAAGAGUUUUGGGUACAUUUUGAUCAUUAUUAUUAUCAUUGUUCAUGUCAAGAACUUCAAUAAUUUGAGUGUCAAACCCUUUCACUAAAUCUAAAAGCAUUUCAUCAAUAUCAGGAUUAUUUUGAUUAACGAUGGUAGGGUCAAAACAAUGUUCAAAUGGAAGAAUACGGGUUUGCUCAGUUGACUGUUCAAUUUCAUCCAGCAGUUUGGGUUUUGAUUCUUUACGAGGUAUAUCCCAAAUGCAUUUUCUGUCAGUACAUGUUUCAGUGUUCCUAUCAAUAUGCCUCUCUGACCACAGUGACAAACUGAACAGUAGGGCCACAACAUGUUUACAUCCACCAUCAUCUCUUAAUAAAAAGAUUACAAUUAAAUUAUUAUUAAAUUGAUAUACAUGUAUCUCAAUGAUGCAAAUAUUUUAUCUUACAGUACAUUAUCCUGACUUUUCAAUUGUCAUUUGAAUUCAUGUUUUAAAAAUGUCUCAGUAAAUUUUACAUGUGUAUCUACCGACUGCUCAAAACUGGUGCCAUAUAACUUUUUAAAAAUUUUAAUAUUACCUCUAAUGUAUGUAUGUAGCCUUCAGUGGUAAUUUAAAUUAUUUUGCAUUUAAUAAUUACUUGCUACCAUGUAUGUAGUGUAUGUGUAUUAAGCAGUCAUAAAAUUGUGGCAAUAAUAAAUUGUUAUCAUGAUUCUGAACACAAAGUUUUCUUUCUUCUGUAGCAUCAGUGGUUAUUAUAAUCAUGUGGAGAAUUAUUCAUAAUUAUAAAAUUGAACACAAGUUACCCAGUGCAUUCACAGCCAGCAGAUGUACAACUACCAUCAGCACAAUUUAGCAGGCACCAGGUCCUAUAUGGAUCAGCUGAUUGUGAGGUUUCUCUAAUACAGAGUGAUUUUACAUAGAUGUAGUUGUGGGAUAACUCAUGACACUUCACAGAGUGAAUGUGAUUAGACUGAUACAAUCUAUAACCGCGUUCGGACUUGUAAUUUUGUAGACGUGCAGGAGACCACCCGGCGUUCGCUUUUGAUAACAAAUAAACAAAUAAAUCGGCCUGACAAAAAACGGGAAUGUGUCUCAAAUCAUCAGUCCAUUUAUUGAGUUCUGGGGAUGUUAUAAACGGAAAUUCAACUACUUCUCCAUCAAUAAUUACACGACUUCUCUGGCGCAGAAAUUCUUUGGUGUCAUCCGGAGCUUUUAACACCGGUAAUUUCAAAUCUAUCGCUUUCUUAGCCAAUUCCCGAAGUUGAUGGACGCUAUAGUCACUGACAGUCAUUCCCCGUUCAAUUAAAAACAAUUUAAGUUGCGGUUUUAACAUUAAAUCUACGUUUAAAGACAUUGCUUUUUUUCGCCGCGUUGCUAUUGUUUACGUUGACGAUGUGUCCCACCUCCGCUUCAACUCGCGUGUUAUUUGCGCCUCCUAAACAAGAGAGUUCCUAUCUCG